UCCUCCUUUUCCUUAUACAACAACAAACAAACCAAAAGGGAAAAAACCAGGAAAACCAGUGUUAUUGGUGGUCACAAGAUUCGGGAGUGUACAUUUCCCACUGUAAUGUAUGUUUUUAUUUUUCUUUCCUUAGUAUAUGUCACGAAGUGAUUGGAGUUAGCUCUGUGUUUUAUAGCGCAACUAACUUAUAUUACUUUUAGUUACUAUUUAGUCACAAAAUCAAUAAAGCUCUGGAUCUUUUGCCCCAUGCCGUUACCAUCUCUUUACCUUGACCAUUUACUUGGACUUUGUUUUGUUUGAGCCAUUAAGUUGAUCUUGCAUGGUCUAUGAGUUCUCGGUUAAGAUCUCCCCCUGUCCAAUAUCUACUGAGCAGACUUCAUCCCAACCACCUUUGAUCUUUACCCAUCUGCUUCCCAAAUAGUGUGUAUUCGUAAAAUUGGUAUUCUUGUUUGUGAUGGGAGAAUAGGAGGUAUCCCCUGUUUUCCCUCCCAUUGAAGAUCUCUCAUUGGUGACAAUGUACAGGUAGUGGUGUUCCAUCUUUAAAAGGCCUAGUAAACUUGGAUGAGCAAAAAUCAGGUGAGGUAGGUUUGGUCAUGCCCUGAGCAUAGCUUGUUUGUGUGAAACUUAACUUUGAGCUUGAAAGUUGGGGUCUUCUUUAGGCUUGUGAAUCUGUGAAGUGACAAAACUAGAUCUGGGGUUGGCAACCUUACGUGAGACUGAGCUGUUGUUGCUGAAUCAUGAACGCAUUGAGUGAACUGUUUCCUAGGUAUCUUUCAUUAUUAUGGUUACUUGAUAAUUGAUGUUUUAUUGGAGUAGGCAUUUGAAUUUUUGAUUUUGCUUUUCAUUUUUCAUGAGAGAAUACGAAGGAAUGGUGUUCUAUGUAUCGUAUCUUCUCCUAUCAUGUCACCGCCUCUGGGAAGUGGUGGAGAAACUUAUUUCCGGGUUUAUCACUGAUGUGCAUUUAUGGAGAUAUUCAUGGUCAGUUCUCCGAUCUUCUGCGACUGUUCGAGUAUGGGGGCUAUCCACCUGUGGCAAAUUAUCUAUUUCUUGGGGACUAUGUUGACCGCGGUAAGCAGAGCAUAGAAACGAUAUGCCUUCUCCUUGCAUACAAGAUAAAAUACAAGGAGAACUUUUUUCUUCUCAGGGGUAACCAUGAAUGUGCUUCUAUUAACCGUAUAUACGGGUUCUAUGAUGAGUGCAAGAGGAGGUUUAACGUCCGCCUUUGGAAGACAUUUACUGAUUGCUUUAACUGCCUGCCUGUUGCCGCACUUAUUGAUGAGAAAAUCCUCUGCAUGCACGGGGGAUUGUCACCUGACUUAAAAAACCUGGAUCAAAUCAGUAAUAUAGCCCGUCCUGUGGAUGUGCCAGAUCAGGGCCUUAUCUGUGAUCUACUAUGGGCUGACCCUGAUAAAGACAUUGAAGGUUGGGGUGAGAAUGAUAGGGGUGUGUCUUAUACAUUUGGAGCUGAUAAGGUUUCUGAGUUCCUUCAGAAGCAUGAUCUUGAUCUCAUCUGCCGAGCUCACCAGGUUGUGGAAGAUGGAUACGAGUUUUUUGCAAAGCGGCAGCUUGUGACUAUAUUCUCAGCACCCAAUUACUGCGGCGAGUUUGAUAAUGCUGGUGCAAUGAUGAGUGUAGAUGAUUCACUUACAUGCUCCUUUCAGAUUCUUAAAUCCUCAGAGAAGAAAGGGAAAGGAUUUGGCGGAUUUGGCAUCAACACAUCAAGACCAGGAACACCUCCACAUAAGGGUGGGAAGGGUUGAAUAAUCUGCACCAGUAUUUGCCAUAUGACCAGGAGAGCAUAGAAAGUGGGGGCAGCUGCUAACCCAUUUAAUGCGUCAACUGCAAUCCGCUCAAUCACUUUGUACUUCCCGACAUGGUUUUCUCAAUCGUAUACUUGAUGGGAUACGUCUUCCAUCUAUCAGAACCAAAGGCUACAUAGCAAACUGAAGAAACAGAGUUCCGGCAACGCCAUAUCGGAAGCUCUGAGAUACCUGUUGAACUUGCAAUUCAGGUCUUAUAUUGUGUAGAAUGUUUGAAUUGUUAUUCUUGGUACACUGGUGGUUUACGGUGAUCUUUCAAUUCUGUUACUUGCCAAAUGUUAAACUCCUUUUCAAUGCAAAUGAUAAUUUUCAGUUGACAA